CGCAGAGGCGAGUGGACUGUGUACGUUGUGUGUUGUUCAUUUGGGGAGGGGGGCUGGAGACUGAGGGAACGGGUUCUGCUGUGCUCUUCAGACACCAGGCCCUGCUGAAAACUACACGAAACAACAAUGGAGCCUGCCUGAGACAGUCCACUUGUAUGUGUUAAGGUUUGUCCUGGCCCUCGGCCACGUCUUUGGAUGUCUGUCACAAUGGCAAAGUUUGAGACCGGCCGCACAAGCCCAGUGGUCCGUCAGAUAGACAAGCAGUUCCUGGUGUGCAGUAUCUGUCUGGACCACUACCACAAUCCCAAAGUCCUGCCCUGCCUGCACACCUUCUGCGAAAGGU